AUGCAACAGUUUUUUUUACCCACACCUUCGCUUUCCUUGUUAAGGAUGUUGCAGAAAAUCAAUCGCGGGCAUCUUCAUGACAAAACGAGUUUUGUAAUUCACGAGUGUGCUGAGGGGAAGAUGUCUGGUCACGAGUUGUUCCAAUGCAUGUACAAAGGUUGUCCGUAA